UUGAACUGUUAUUACAAAAUGGCGGCCAAAACAAGAAGACGAUUUGAAGACAAAACAAACGUUUUUUGGACCAAAGAUCCUGAAGUAUCAGACAACCAGAUCGUUAAAGUACAUAUUCCUGGAGUUAGCUUGGAUGCAGCACUAAACAUCAAACAGCCAAUGGUCAAGAAGCCAGUUAAACAUAGAAAACCACGCAUAGCAACAUUGCAGCAGGCCUCAGGAAUGUCAUCAAAUUGUUUGACCAGCAGGGGUGGGGUGGGGAUGAUAAGAAGGAAAGUCAACCAUGAAAUUGAUACAAUACCUACUCGUGAAGACCCAACUGCAUCAGGUAAUGUAGCUCAAAAGAAGACCAGCUUGAAAGACCUAGGACCAGAAGACAAGAAACGAGUUGCAAACCUUGUCAAAGAGUUGGCAAAAGUUGGCGAAGAACGAGAAAUAGCACUAACACAGCUUACACAAGAGAGAAUAGCAUUUGAGGAACGAUUACAAAUACUUCAAGAAGAAUAUGACAGCAAUAUCAAAGAAAAACUUAAUUUACAAAGUCGGUUUUUGGAGCUUCAAGGAUUAUUAAAGAAAUAUAAUAAACAUGGAACUGAUAAAAAUAAAGAUACCUCUAGUAGUGGUAAUAUCAGCCGCACAAACCACAUGACCCAGACAUCUCCUGGACUAAUACCAUCACCUGAAGAUGUACCAGGAAAUGUCAGGCAAUCAGCUGGCCAGACUAAAUCACCUUGCAAGACAAUAAAACAAUCAGGACUAGAAGAUGGUUCACACAAUUUGAUAGCUGACAGUGGAUGCCAAUUCCCUUCACCCACUAAAAUGUCCAGGCAAUCAACACCACUGCCUGGAAAACCAGAGGGUGAUAGAAGCUUGGUGCUUCCUGGAAAUGGUAUUGCAGGGUCUGAAAAGGGAAGUGCAUCAAAUAAUAAGGGAAUCGUAGAGAAUGAUUCAGUUGUGACUGGAAAUGGUACUUCAAGCUUUGAUAGGUCCAGAUCAAAAAGAGAAAGUGCUCAAAGCAGCAAAAUUCUUCCUGGUAAAGUUACAACUGGGGUACCACAAAUUGCCAGCCAUCAGGAAGCAGCAGGUCUAGACUUACGGCAAGGUUCACUAUCUGUGCCUGGAAGUUCUGCUGGUAACCAUGUCACAAGGCCUGCAGUCCUUACAGAGAUACCUACAAGCCAACAAGAGGUUGCGCACAGUGUUCCUGGAAAAGCUGGCAAUGGUGCUCUUGACCAGGAAAUUGGAAAUAAUUUACCAAGUUACCACUUUCUUGGAAAUGCCCCACCUUCUUUAAGAAGCCAGUGGCCUCCUGUGUACCGUCAUCCUCCCCCUGUAUCCUCGGAGCAUGACCCCCCUGUCUAUGCCAAUAGAAUGUUUGAUGUGUCCGUGACACGGCCCGAUGUACUAAGACAAGCAACAGUGACAACUAACAGGUCGCAGUCAGACACUUCACAAAGCUUCUCUGCAGAAUUAGACGCUGUGUAUCGCUUGUACUGUCGAGAGUACGAACUACAACUACAGUUACAACAGCAACAACUAGAACUACAAAAACAACAACUACAGCUACAGCAACAGCUACAACAGUUAGAGUACUUUCAACAAAGACAACAGCAGCAACGUCCUACGAGUUCCAUUGAGGAAAUGCCAAAGUCGUCAUCAAAAACCGUCAUCAGAGAAACACCUGACCCUACCCCAGCCCCCCAGCCAGAGGCUCAACCACAAUGGGCAUCAUCUAUGAGUAACCUGGUACCAACUCCAGACGAGACGUACGAGAGCCACCGAGGACAGUCGUCUGUGUCUUAUCAUCAGGAUAAUGAGUAUCGUGGUGAUGAAGAUGAAGGAACUGAAGGGGACAAAGACAGCAGGACUAUUAGGAGAAUAACAAGCUCGAAGAGGCCAAAAGCAAACUCAAGCAGAGAACGAAACGUUCAAUCACACGAAGGCAGUUACACAUCAACCAAUCACAAUCGCGUAUCAAGAUCACGUGACAAUCCAUCCAUGUCCCAUCAUUCAUUGCAACCUUCAGGAGAACGAGGAUUUGAUGAAUCGUCUCGGGGGGUCAACAAAGAGAUCAUCAAACCGGAAGAAGCAUCUCAUUUCCGGUUCUCUCUUCAUAGCUCUUCCUCUCUCCAUCCUUCCCAAACACAAUCCAUUCCUCAUUCCACAAGACUGGAAAAUCAAGUUGAUUGGACAAAUGCAACAGAUUUCGAGUUCCGUCAGUUACAAGAAAGCAAAAUCCGUGAACAUUAUGGACUAGGUCAGCGUUCUGUCCACUCAACCCAGGUUCUACUCGAUCCUUCAGAACCGAGGGUUACUGGGGCGAGAUACAAUUUGUAUGAAUCAGCAACAGUUGCAGAACCAGUAGGCAGUAUAACCAACAAAGACCAUCAAGUUCUGCAGGGAUACACUGGAUCAAGUAUAGACAGACACCCACAUGGUACACGGACAGACAGACAGUACCUUGCUCAACAAAACAGAUUUGAUGCAACAGCACCAGAUGACAUCAGUGAACGAGAACUUGAACAAAGAACUUUACAAAAUUUUUCUUUGUAUGAAAAUAGGGCCAAUCAAUUUAAGGGGGCAAGUUGUGGAGCUGGUUUCUAUGGUGACAAUAACCAUGGUGAUCAUCAUGAGGACAUUGAGCCUUGGGUAUCUGAGAGCAGCGGCUUUCAGAGAGAUGCAAGUCGCUCCCUUGAACUAAACUAUCCACCUCAGAUUAUUGACCUCGUAGAAGAAUUAGAAGACGAACCAACAAUACCUCCUUACUCCAGUAAACCAAAUUAUACUGUCUACCUCAGUCCUCCACGACAGGAAACAGCUGCACAGAACGGUGGCCUGGACUCUACUGAUUCUGGAUUCUCAAAUUUGUCACGUGAGAAAAGUCCAAUGAUUUAUUCUCAUCAGGGCUCGGAAAAUGAAGCUGACAUUGAGGAAUUGAGUGUGCUUGAGGAUAUAUUCUUCAUUUAGUUAGAAAUCAUGAGCAAUUAGUGGUAUGUACCACAGGUAGCCCAAAGAAAGACAUUUGUUCUCUCCAAAACUUUAUUUACAUGUACAAUAAUUGUUUUUAAUAACAGAAUAAUAUUAAAUAAUUAUAUGUGUUUGAUCAUCAUGUUAUUUUUGAUUGUUCAUAAGGGUUUUCUUACAACGAAGAAAACACUCUCGUAGUUCAUCUUCAGCAUUGAUUGACAGUUCUCCACGUAACCUGAAGAAACUUUCGUUUGCUCCUUCUAAAAAGAAACGAAAAUAUAAAACCUCUGUAAAUAUACCAGAUACUUACUUUAUGUACAAAUAAAAAACUUAGCAAAUCUA